AUGGAUCCACUCAGCACGACCGCAAGCAUCAUCGCCGUCAUCCAGCUAUCCUCAGAUAUCGUCAGCUACAUCAGCAGAGCCGCCGAUGCAACGAGAGAGCGAAUGCGUCUUCGAAACGAGGUCCUUGGCUGUGAAUCAAUCCUCCAACAACUCAAAGACGAAGCAAACAAUACGGAGGAAGGGAGCAAGUGGACUGAGACGAUCAAGACUCUCGAGGCCUCCGACGGGCCACUGGGACGUUUGUGGGCUGCAUUGAGCGCCGUCAAAAUAAAGCUUGAGCCUAACAAUGGAUUGCGGAAGGCGCUGUUGACCUUGAAAUGGCCGUUCGACCAGAAAGAGGUGGAAAAGAUCAUCGUUACCAUUGAACACGAAAAGAGUCUGCUGGGAUUGGCUUUGGCCAACAACUCUCGAAAGUUGAUGCUGGAGUUGAAGAAGUGUUCGAAUGAGGGCGCAAGGCAGCUUGAAGAACUGAUACAGGCUCUUGAGAAGUCUUCGAAUGAGAAUUUGAGGCAGUUUAUGAAUUUCGAGGACAUCCUGACCUCCAUUCAGGAAUCACAUGCGGAUUUGAGAAGGGGUGUCGACGGGUUGAAAAAGGAUCGAGAUGACCGCGAGCGACGUGCAAUUCUCGAGUGGCUUACCCCAAUCGACAAUGCUCCUCAACAAAGCGACUUCAUAUAUCGGCGAAAAGUAGGAACAGGGCAAUGGCUGCUGAAUUCGGCAGAGUUCCAGUCGUGGCUAAAUACUGGUAAGCAGACAUUGUUCUGUCGAGGCAUACCCGGAGCGGGGAAGACAAUUAUCACCUCAAUCGUAGUCGACCACCUCAGUACAAAGUUUGACAACGACGGCAGCAUUGGUAUCGCGUUUCUAUAUUGUGAUUACCAGCAGCAGCAUGAACAGAAGACGGAACAUCUACUCCGGAAUCUUCUGAGGCAGCUGAUUCAAGGCCAAUCUUCUAUACCUGACAGCGUGCAAGCCCUUUAUAAUCGGCAUAAAGACAACCGAAAGCAACCAUCACUUAACGAAAUAUCGAGAAUUUUACAUUCCGUCACUGCUAUCUACUCAAGGGUUUUCGUUGUCGUCGAUGCGUUGGAUGAAUGCCAAGACUCCGAUGGAUGUCGAAAGACAUUCAUAGAAGAGAUGUUAAGCCUUCAAGCUAAGAUUGGAGUAAAUCUCUUCGCAACCUCCCGACCUAUCCCAGAGAUAAUUCAGAAGUUUGCAGGAGGUAUAUCAUUGGAGAUCCGUGCCAGCAAUGAGGAUGUGCGGCUGUAUCUAGAUGGUCGCCUGUCACAGUUACCAGCAUUUGUUAGGCGUUAUCCGAAACUUCAAGACGAAAUCAAGACUGAAAUCGUCAAAACAGUCGACGGAAUGUUCUUGCUUGCUCAGCUUCACUUUGAUUCCUUAAUUGCCAAGAGAUCGCCCAGAGCUGUUAAAACUGCGCUUAAAAACCUUCCGAAUGGAUACGAAGCUUAUGAUCAUGCAUAUAAUGCAGCCAUAGAGAGAAUCGAAGGCCAGGUUGCAGACUCUCGAGAGCUUGCGGAACAGGUUCUAUCAUGGAUUACGUGCGCGAAGAGACCCCUAACCACAGCAGAGCUUCGGCACGCUCUUGCCGUGGAAGUUGAUCAGUCAGAAGCUGAUGAAGAGAACGUCCCAGAAAUUGAAGAUAUUAUAGCCGUAUGCGCCGGGUUAGUCACCGUCGACGAAGAGAGCGAUAUUGUCCGCUUAGUCCACUAUACAGCAAAGCAGUACUUUGAACGAACGCAGAGAUUUCGGUUUCCAGACGCAGAGGCGGAAAUCGCGAGGACUUGCCUUACUUACCUAUCAUUUGAUGCCUUCGAAAGCGGCUUCUGUCCAACAGAUGAGGAGUUUGAGGCACGAUUGCGGUCGAAUGUUCUUUAUGAUUAUGCGGCACGAAAUUGGGGGCAUCACGUUCGUGUAGCCUCAAUGGGCGUAGGACAAAUUAUUCUGAAUUUUCUCGAGAACGAAGCGAAGAUCUCUAGUAGUAGUCAAGCUUUGAUGGCUUUUGGAAGCUCUUCGGGCUACUAUGGGUACAGCCAAAGUGUGCCAAGGCAAAUGACAGGGACACAUCUUGCGGCAUACUUCGGGCUGAGAGAAGAGAUGAUAGCCUUAGUCAGGAAUGGACAUGAUCCAGAUUAUCGAGAUACUUAUGGCCGGACGCCGUUGUCGUUGGCCGCGGAGAACGGGCAUGAGAUAGUAGCAAAGCUCUUGCUCGCGGAGUACGUCGCCGACCCGGGUUCUAAGGACACCGACGGCUGGACGUCGCUAUCGCAUGCCGUAGCAAACGGGCACGAGACUGUGGUUGAGUUACUACUUGUGGAGGACACCGUUGACCCAGAUUGCAAGGAUAGUAAUAACAGAACUCCGCUAUUAUAUGCGGCAUGGUACGGGUACGAGACACUAGUCAAGCUAUUGCUUGCGACAGUCGGAGUCGACCCGAAUUCCAAGGAUUCUGGUGGAUGGACAGCACUGUCAUAUGCGGCAUGGUACGGACACGAGGCGGUGGUAAAGCUGCUUCUUGCGAAGUCCGACGUCUACCCGGACUCUAAGGAUUCUGGUGGAUGUACGCCGCUGUCCCUAGCUGCUGAAAAGGGGCACGAGGCGGUAGUAAAGCUGCUACUUGCGGUGUAUGGUGUUGACCGGGACUCCAAGGAUAAUAACGAUAGGACACCGCUAUCGUGGGCCACAGAGAAUGGGCAUGAGAUGGUGGUGAAGUUGCUCCUCACAGAGUACGACGUUGACCCAGAUUCUAAGGAUAGUAACGGUUGGACGCCGCUCCAGUGGGCGGCAGAGAAUAGACACGAGGCGUUGGUGAAGCUGCUGCUUGUCAAGUUGGGAUCUAGCAACUAUCACAAUGGCAUGGCAAAAUCCGCUCGACAGACGACGUUAUCGCAUCCAGAAGCAUUGGUUUCGACCAGAAAUCCGUACACGACGAGAAAUAACCCUUCUCUCGUGACCCAGACGACACUGGGUAUUCUCCAGUACAUCGAUGCGAGCCCAGGUGGUGCGACAUCUAUCGAUAUCGAAAUUGAGGCCAUCAUCGACAAAGGCUUCUUCCUAGCGGAUAACGAAUGGACCUGUUAUAGGCGAAACUACUUUUCGUGCAUCUGCUCCUACAGCCUGACGCCGUACUACCCCGACAUGAGCAUGCACUUUGUGCAGACCGGAACGGUGCACACUUACCAAGUCUACGGGUUUGCCAUGUGCAUCUCGGCGGUCGUCGCGGACAACGAUGGACAGUCAAUCGACCUGGUGCAGCACGCACCGAAGCGAGACAAGCGGCCCGAGAAGGUGCGGUUUGAUAAAGUGCGACUUUCGCCGAAAAAACUACAGCCUGGGCUUCAUGAAGGUCUUCAUCCAGGCGGCGACUCUGAACUAGCGGACCCCUCGAGAACCGUGUAUGAUCAGAACUACGGGCAGGUGCAUAGCUUAUAUCCGGUGAAACACACUUUUGAACGGAUCCAAUUCAAGCAAGCCACGGCCAACAACGGCAAGAGACGCGCGGCACAGCAGUACUACCACCUGGUGGUAGAGCUAUGGGCGGAUGUUGGCUCACAAGCGGCGGACAGAUACAUCAAGAUCGCCUAUCGGAAAUCGGUCAAGCUCAUUGUGCGUGGCCGCUCCCCGGGCCACUACCAAUUGGAACGGAGUGGAAGCACGGGCAGCGGACCGUGCUACUUCAACGGCAGCAUAGGAGUCAAGCAGCCGGGCGACCACCUAAGCGAGGCUGCUUCCCUACCAAAAUCCUAA